AAGACAAAGGAAGGUGAAGACAAAUAUUCUCUGUCGUGUAAGGUCUCAAAAAUAAUCUGAGACAUGAAGAAAGCUAUCAUUAGAAAAGAUCAUGGACAUUGUCACUUCACCUGCUAGCUUGCUGCUCUAAUGCAUCAACUCAGCCAGAAGACAGACCAUUAAGAGUCAACACUGCAUGCAACUAAGACAAAGGGCAUCCUCCUUGGAUGUCUUGUGGGACAUGGUGGCUAUGGGUGAGCCUGGGACGCACAUGAGGAUAAGUCAUCUGCACCUCUGGCUGGGGAUGUUGAUCAUUCUUUCAACAUGGCCUUUGACUGGGCAUGCUCAACACACCAGCCUCCCAGAAGUAGUGAUACCCUUACGGGUCACAGGCAACAGAACGAUGUGGGCUAUGGGAUGGCUGACAUAUAGCCUGAACUUUGGGAGUCAGAGGCAUGUUAUCUACAUGAAAAUCAAAAAGUUUUUCAUGUCUAGACACCUCUCUGUGUUCACUUACACUGACCAAGGUGCUCUACACAAGGACCAGCCUUUUGUUCAGAAGGAUUGCUACUACCAUGGCUAUAUAGAUGGAGACCCAGAGUCCAUGGUUGCCCUUACUACCUGUUUGGGGGGAUUUCAAGGAACAUUACAGAUAAAUGGGACUGUAUAUGAAAUCAAGCCCAAGAACCUUUCCUCGACAUUCGAACAUUUGGUUCACAAGAUAGACAGUGAGGAGUCACAAUUACUCCCCAUGAGGUGCGCACUAACAGAGGAGGAGAUAGCCCAGCAAAUGAAGCUUGAAGAGAAUGAUAACCGCACACUGAUGCAAAGCAGCUAUAAGGGCUGGUGGACCCACAAGCAUUUUCUUAACCUGGCAUUGGUUGUAGACCAUGAGCGAAUUAGUUAUCUAAAUGGCAAUUUGUCGCAUGUUUUAGUGGAAGUAUUCCUCAUUGUUGGUGUAAUCAAUGAGAUUUUUCGUACACUGGAUGUUGAGGUAGUUCUAUUUGGAGUUGAGAUGUGGAAUGCAGGAAACCAAGUGACAGUGACUACCAUAAAAAAUCUCCUGAGGGAUUUUUGCUAUUGGAAGAGUAUCAGCCUUAAUAAUCGCAUUCAAACUGAUAUUGCACAUCUUUUUGUGAAACAUCAUUUUGGAAUACAUCUUGGUUCAGCCUUUGUUGGAUCUGUUUGUGUGCCAUCUAAUAAUUGUGGAGUUAUUCGCCUUCUAGGAUCUGAUAUUCCUCGUUUUGGACAUAUUACAGCACAUGAGAUGGGUCAUAAUUUGGGUAUGAAGCAUGACGAGGGCACAUGUACAUGUGGAGAUCAACCAUGCUUAAUGAACGCAGGCUAUGGCAUCAACAAACUCAGCAAUUGCAGUUAUGCUGCAUUUUGGACAACCUAUGCUACUACCAACUGUCUGCGCAAGGAAACGAAGCUGGUAAGCAAUCUCAAAUUCAAGUUCUGCGGGAAUGGUGUAGUUGAGGAUGGAGAGCAGUGCGAUUGUGGAUCCUGGCAGGCAUGUAGAGCUGAUCCAUGUUGUAUGGAGGGCUGCGUGCUCCAACGUGGGGCUUCGUGUGCUUUUGGACUUUGCUGCAAAGGCUGCCAGAUCAUGCCAUCAGGCACACUGUGCAGAGAAGCUGACAAUGAAUGCGACCUUCCAGAAUGGUGUGAUGGACACUCACAUGAGUGCCCUAAUGAUGUCUACUUGCUUGACGGGAGCUCCUGUAAAGAUGGGGGAUACUGCUAUGAAAAGAGAUGUAAUAAGCGAGAUGAACAGUGCCAGCAAAUCUUUGGCAAAGAAGCCAGGAGUGCAGCUCUGAGAUGCUACAGGGAAGUCAACACCCAAGGUGACCGUUUUGGCAACUGUGGUCUCUUCAGAAGUACAUACCUAAGAUGUAAUGACUCAGACAUCCUCUGUGGGAGAGUUCAGUGUGAGAAUGUGAAAGCUAUUCCUACUUUGCAAGGACAUUCCACUGUUCACUGGACUCACCUCAAUGGUGUCACCUGUUGGGGAACUGACUACCAUUUUGGGAUGACAACACUUGACAUUGGCCAUGUGAAAGAUGGCACAGACUGUGGUCCAGAGCAUGUGUGCAUUGAUAGGAAGUGUGUCAGUAAGUCAGUGUGGGUAAGUGAUUGUUCUCCAGAGACAUGCAACAGGAACGGAGUCUGCAACAAUUUACACCACUGCCACUGCAACUUCGGGAGGGACCCACCACAGUGCCUUACAAACGGUGGUGGAGGGAGUGUUGACAGUGGCCCUCCACCUUCACCUCCAAAAGAAGAGAAACCCAAGAGAAAUGACUCAUCUAUUUAUUAUAUAAUGAUUAUUCUGAUUCUUUUUGUUAUUUUUCCAUGCUUUGUAUUCACUUGUUUUCAGAAUAAGUAUGUAGCAUCUCCUAGGAUAGAGAAACCCAGUGUUCACACUUCAGAAGUGGCAGAAGAGUUCAGCUCUGCUAAUAAAAUUUUGUAAUGUCACACCAAAACCAGUAGAUUCUGUGUGACAAGUUCCAAAGACUGAGGUGAUAACUUCAAAAGAAGGAGGUCUCCCGGAAAUGGUUAUGGAACUUUCAGCCGGAGAAAAAUAUUGGGCUGUGAUUUUUGUGGCAAUUUCUGAUUGUUCUUCUAUUCCUUUUUUUGUUCCUUUCUCACAUCAAUGAAAUGUUCCUGAAAGCCUAUGCUGACAUUGUAAGUGAGAGGUAUAGAGAAGAAACCAUCCCUCGAGAUGGAGUCACUAGCCAUGACCUCAUCUCCAGAAAAACUGGCUCUUUCCAAAUCACUCACGUCAUUCUCAUAACUACAAAUAGUAAAAACUUUCCCAACAAUAAAAUUUCAUAUGGCUA